UCAAUUUGGCUAUUUUAACCCGCAAACCUUGCAUUGUAUAAACAUUGAAUUUUCGAUUUUAAAUCAUGUGUGAUGGUUAAUUAAAAAUGAAUUCAAAUUCAACUGAAGAUGCAAUCAAAUUGAUAGUUAAAGCUGCAGAUUUCGCAGCCAAAGCUCAUCGACAACAAUUACGUGAUGAUGGUAUCAACCCUUAUAUCAACCAUCCGAUCGGUGUAGCUAACAUUUUGACCGAUUUGGGCAAUGUUUCAGAUCCAGCAGUCAUUGCUGCUGCUUUAUUGCAUGAUACGGUGGAAGAUACUGAUGUUACUUUUGAUGAUAUUCAAAGAGAAUUUGGUGAUCAUAUUCGAUCUAUUGUGGCCGAAGUAACCGAUGACAAAUCGUUGCCAAAAUUGGAACGUAAACGUCUACAGAUAGAAAAUGCACCAAAUUCAAGUAUUGAAGCUAAACUUGUUAAAUUAGCGGAUAAAUUAUACAAUUUACAAGAUCUUAUUCAGACGACACCGAUCGGUUGGUCAGAGAAACGAGUUGAAGAAUAUGCAGAAUGGUCUGCGCAAGUUAUAGCUGGUUUGAUCGGAACUAAUGAAGCCAUUGAAAAUCGAUUGGCGCAAACGCUCAAACAAUUCUCCACAAAGAACAAAUCAAAAUCUAUUCCAAUUUAAAAUUGAAAAUUUCGCCAAUAAAAUUUUUGACAAUAAUAAUAAAA